UCGCCGCCCAGGCGUGGGAACGAGGUAUUUCGAGGUUUUCGCGGGCUGCUUUCGCUGGCUUGACCUGCAGAGAAAAAGAGCAGUGGAUUGCUCUCCAGCAAUGUUGGAGAUCGAGGAGAAUCUGCAAGCAGCUUUCAAAAAGCUAAAAGUUGAUGCAGAAGGAUCCACUGCUACUCUGCCUGUGAAUGAGUUGACACCUCUGAGAUCGCUUGCAAGAACUACAGAUGAAACAAAACCAAAGAACGUGGGUGCAUCUAAAGAGAGCUGGCACUGUUGUUUGAGGAAGCCCUUGAGAGGAACUGCAAGAACACGGCGGCGGCGGUCAAAAUCUCCAAUACUCCAUCCUCCAAAGUUCAUUCACUGCAGUACCCAGACGUCUUCCUGCAGCCAGCCAGCAUCCAAGAAUUCCACCAACCCCUCUGAAAGUAGCCCUGGUGCUGAUAUGCCAGCUCCAAAAGAAUUCUCAAAGGUUGAACAAUCCAGCUAUCUUCUUAGUAAUGCUGAUCCCAGGCAGAACGGUGCUGAGCAGUCUGCGGCAUCCACCGUAGAGAUGCUGAAGAACAAACCUGAAGGUGGCGCUGUUUCUCUUCCCACAGCCAUUCUAAAAGCCACAGAUCUCGCCGAUUUCCAGUCUCUCUCCAAGGGAAGCAAAGGCAAUCUCUGUGCAUGCACCGACAAGACCUGCCAGUGUCAGCAAUGGCAGGACAUGAAAGUCUACACAUUUCCUGACCUACACAACUCUCUUCCGUCAGCACCUGAAAGGACGACGCACAUGCAGGACAACUCCCAGGUUCUACCCUCAAGAACUCCCUCCAGCUCUCUUAGGUCUUGUUCCGAGCAAGCCAGGGCUAACGUGGAUGAUGUGACUAUUGAAGACCUUUCAGGGUACAUGGAGUAUUUCCUACAUAUCCCAAAGAAAAUGUCCCACAUGGCAGAAAUGAUGUACACCUGACAGCUGUGGGCUGUAAUGCAGAAAGGGCUUUUGGUAUCUGCCCUUGGUCAUGUUCCAUCUGAGAAGCAUCUGCUGUCUGUGCUCAUAAUAAAGACACCUCCGCAUUGCAUCCAGCCUUUUGGUUUUCCAUGUAGUAGCCACAAAUCCAGACCAGAUGGCUGGAAAAGCAAGAAGCAAGGUCAGGACAUGCAUAUAGAGUGUGCGCUUAAUGAAAGUACAGCUUGGAUAAAUGACUAGAAUGGUGAAAAUAUGCAUUUAUGGAACUGACUCGGCAGUCCAGGGAGAAACCAAAGCCCUCUCUAUGAGCUGAAGGACAUAUCUUGCCUUUGUUAACUUUCCAGGGAUUGU